AUUGAAUCCCGUGCAUUCACACAAACGAUUCGCAUCGAGCGAGCCAUGAUGGUCGACUCGCCGCACCGACCUUCGCGGUCAGGGUCGUCCCCCCUCGCAUGGACCGCAGACAUGCUGCACUUCUUUGGCAAACGCAGCUCCAUCGACUCGAACCCGUCGUCGGACGAUGGUGCUGUCGACGAUUCGACCGCCAGCCCGUCGUCGUCGCUAUCGUCGUCCAAGCACAUGUUCAAGUCGCUGCUCGUGCGCCGGUUCUCCAAGCAUCGCCUUCUUCUCGACGAAAGCCAUCGGCCUCUAUACCACGGUCCCACCAUCCGCUUGGCACCUACGGCUCCUUCUACAUUGCACUCGGAGCCCGAAGCGCCGCCGGGCGCUGCCCCCUCGUCGCUGCGCAGCACGGUCCUCCUAGACGAAGAGUUGCAACCAACGUCCGUGGACUGGAACCCGCAUUAUCCUUGGUUUUGCAUCGUCACGGAAAUCGUCGACACGGAAGUGACGUUCGUCGAGACGUUGCAGACGCUCCAUCAAGUGUUCAACCACGUCUUCCAUGACAAGCACAAGUACUCGCAUCCGUCGCUUCUCGCGCUGCGGUCGGCGACGGCAUCGUUGCUGACGCUGCACAUGGACAUUUGUGACGGUAUCCGUCGCCCCGCCGACAUGCUUCACCUGUCGCAAGACACGCUCCAUCUUGCGCGAGUGUUCCAAACGCACCUCCCGUACUUUAAGCUGUAUGCGCAGUACUGUCUCGCGUACACGGACGUGAGCACCAUGCUUCGCGUGCGCAAGCGCAUCGUGACGACGGAGCUCCAGCAGUUUGUCGCGGCGAUUUGUGCCGCCGCCCAACUGCUCCAGGUGGACCUGCAGUCCGAAAUGAUCAAGCCUGUUCAACGGCUGUGUCGGUACCCGUUGCUCAUGUCGGAGCUGCGCCACCACGCCCCCGAAGCGCUCCAACACACCCUCCAGGACCUCCUCCAUGCGACGAAAGUCGUGGCCGCAACUGUCAACGAUCGAGUCCAGGCCGAUCAAAACAACGCCAAGUUUCUACGUCUUCGGCGCAAGCUCCAACUCGGGUUUGGAUGUCCCGAAGUGAUGGUGCCGACGCGCCAGUACGUCAUGGAAGCGGCGGUCCAUGUGGCGACGCAGGUCCGCAUGGUGCCGUGGACGAUGCUUACGACCAGACCGCAGACGCUCGUGCUGCUCUCGGAUGUGUUGCUAAUCACAAAGCGCCGCCGCCACAAGCGAUUGCAGGUGUGCAAAGUGCUGCCGCUAAUACUGUUGACGGUCGACGAAAUCAGCGCGAUGGAGUUUCCCAAGUGGAGUCGGGCCAAGUGUUUUGUGCUGCGCUGCAAGUAUCGAACCGCCUCGCAAGUGGUUGGUUGUGACUGCUGUGUGGCUCAGAAUCGUCGUUGUAGAACGGACGGUGGGCACGGCGGAAGCUAUUCGAUCAACGGCCACGGCAAGUCGUACGUGGUCGUGUGCGACUGCGAAAAGCGCAAGCUCGAGUUGCUCAGCGUAUUCCGUGACACUCUGGCCCAGGUCGCCGACGCGAUGGCAUCACCCGGCCAGAACAACAUGACGAUGGUGCUGCCGCACCAGCCGUUCGCCCUUCGCCAGACGCGUCUUGCGUCGAGUGUGACCGCCGUCUAGUGCCCGAAUCGUUUGUUGUGUUUGUGAGUGCAAUGUGUAGUUGGUUCAGCGAGUCAUUAUCCACACCGCAGUGAUCCAGAACGUGAACAAAGAGAAUUUCGUUCAGUGCACCA